CGUCUUCAAGGCCAUCACCCACGUCAUAGCAGCCAGGCAUGCAUCGAGUUUGUCUUCUCGAUCUGCCUCGUCUGCCAUUUUACUUGGACACCUGGGCCAGCAUUGCAGCUCGACUCCCGGGCGGCAAAGCUAAACAAAUUCGAUCGAUGCUCGCACUGACAAGUGGCUGAACGACUGACUAGACUCCAUGCGAACAGUGGCAGGGCUGAGGCGACAAUUGGCAGUGUGGAAGUGCGGUUUUUUCUCCCGCCCGUUUGUCCACCGGCCCCAUGCCAUGCCUUCCACCCGGGCGCGAUCGGAGCAGGAAAAUGCAGUAAUCGUGCCAUUUUCAAGGCCAGCCCGCCAUCCCAAAAUACACCCGCCUACAGAAUUCCGACUGCUGAGGGUGUGCUGAGGGAUUAUGGAUGGAUUGGGUCGGCUUAACGGCGACCACGCACACACAGACAGCCCACGCGACAUGCAUGACUGAAAGGAAUUGUUGAAACAAGAGGAAUCACUUCUCAGCUUCUGUCACGAUUCAGGCAUAGCACAAAGGCAUAAAAAACCUUAAGCGCGCCUAGUACUUCAAGUACAAAUAAGAAGCACCCUGAGGGCCUCGCGGAUCCGUCGGGUGCGGUCACAUUCCCUCCUAACAACCUUGGAAGACAGACGGCGCUGGUUUGUAAACAACCCAUUGCCUGAUUGGAUUAGUCAAGCCGCUCGGCCAGCCGUCUGUUUCACGUCUCUUAUAAACCACACCAUCCUCGGCCUUGUACCACCUAUUUCCCUUCCUUGCAUCAACGACUACAGUUCAGCCUUACUCUGACAACAAACAGUCCUCUGUCUUCAUUCUAGACACGCAUGCACGCGAAACAACGGUGAUCUCGCACGGCUGAGGAGUAUAUCAGAACAUUCUGUAUACUCCUUGCGUCAGGACUCUCAUAUCCCAUCCCAAAGCCUCUCACCACUUGGGCACUCGGCAAAGAACCGUCGCGCCGGCCACCAACGCCAAGCGUCAGAAAUCUCUGCCAAAACCCCCAGGAUCUCUUGAAACAGAGAACCACCCAACAAAGUCAUGUUCCCUCCCAUUCCAGUACUCUCCGACUAUGGAAUCUCGCCUAGCCAUGGCUUCCUGCCCGAAGCCCUCCCCCUGACGAGGCUCCCGGAUCCGUACUACAACAAGUGGGAGGCCAUCGUGGCGAACCUGCAGGCCUUGAUCCUCAGCAGGCGCCUCCGAGGCGUCAUCGACCGCCUCCCUGUGCUCUCCACCGUCGGUCUGGAACACGAUGCGGAAUGGCGGAGGGCUUACAGCCUGCUGGUCUUCAUGGCGCACGGUUACAUCUGGGGUGGUGACAGCCCCAGCGACCGCCUGCCGCCCUCCAUUGCCGUGCCUCUCCUGACCAUCUCCGAGAGGCUCGAGGUUCUCCCUGUCGCUACCUACGCCGGGGUCUGUCUUUGGAACUUCAAGCCCUUGUUCAUCGACGAGGGCAUCGACUCGCUCGAGAACCUCGCCACCCUGACAACCUUCACCGGCGCCAUCGACGAGUCUUGGUUUUACCUUGUCUCUGUCGCCAUUGAAGCACGCGGUGCGCCCAUCAUACCGCUCAUGCUGACGGCUAUGGCCGCUGCCCGCGAUGGUGACGCGGCUGCCGUCACUCGCUGCUUGCGCGCAUUCGCUGAGCGCCUCGACGAUCUGGGCACUCUGCUGCAGCGCAUGCACGAGGGCUGCGACCCGACCAUCUUCUACCACCGCAUCCGGCCGUUCCUUGCGGGGAGCAAGAACAUGGCUGAGGCCGGCCUGCCCAACGGCGUGCUCUACGAGCUCGACGAGUCUGGACGCGGCGAGUGGCGCCAGUACAGCGGCGGGAGCAACGCCCAGAGCUCUAUCAUCCAGUUCUUCGACAUUGCGCUCGGCAUCGAGCACCGCCCGACCGGCGAGAAGGCCCAGUCCGGCGACACGUCUGCCUAUGAGUCUGACGCCAGCCGGGGCAGGGCCCCCGCGCCGAGGCAUAACUUCCUCAUGGAGAUGAGGAAGUACAUGCCGGGCCCUCACGCGCGCUUCCUAAACGAUGUGUCGGCCGUGGCCAACAUUCGUGACUUUGUCGAGUUGCGCGGGUCAUCCGACAAGGCAUUGCGCGUUGCGUACGACGCGUGUCUGUCGAUGCUGAGCGCACUUCGCGACAAACACAUCGCCAUCGUCACGCGCUACAUCGUCACCCCCAGCCGGGAGGUCCGCGCCAGGAGCCGCAGCCGCAGCCCCGAAGCCGUGAGGCACCGCGUCAACCUGGCCACCGCCACCCGCAAGGCCCAGCAGCAGCAGCAGCAGCCUGCCAAGCCCUCCCGUGGACCACAGGGCAUCGCGCUCGACACGUCUGGUGGCGGGAAGAAGGAUCUCACGGGCACGGGUGGCACGCAGCUCAUGUCCUUCCUCAAGCAGGCGCGCGACGAGACGGGCGAGCCGGCCGUCGACGACUGGGCCAGGAGGUUCAUGAGCCGGAAGCCGCGCAAGGAAGGGAGGAACGACUUCUUCAUGGGCAAGGAUGAGCUCCCUGUCGAGGAGGUUGAGAUUGCCGGUCUGGCCGGGACUUGGACCAUGGACGAUGAUUUCGGUGGGCUCUGUGCGGUUUGAUGGUGCUAGCUCAUGCGGCAAUUCGAAACAACCGAUAUAGCAAGCAUUCAUCUCCAAUCUACUCCAAGGAGGAAGACGUCGGCACCUACAAACUUUCAUAUAGCGACAAUAAUCAAGCUGGUUGUGUGGCCGCA